AUGGAUACAGCAUCGUACGACGAGUUUGGCAACUAUAUUGGGCCGGAUCUGGAGAGCGACGAUGACGACGACCAAAGCAUCUACGGUCAAGCAGAUCAGCAAGACGACGAGGAGGAGGAGAUGAUGGACGAUGAACCAGAACCGGAGGAGGAAGAAAAACGAUCCUCCAAAGCGGUGGUCCUGCACGAGGACAAACGGUACUAUCCCACCUCACUGGAGGUGUACGGUGAGGAGGUAGAAACGAUCGUGCAGGAGGAAGACGCCCAACCCUUGGACAAACCCUUGAUUGAGCCGGUGAAGCGCAUGAAGUUUCAGCUGAAAGCGCAGGAACUGCCGGAAACUACGUACAAGAUGGAGUUUCUUUCGGAUCUAAUGGACACGCCGACACUCAUCCGGAAUGUGGCUUUGAUAGGGCAUCUUCAUCAUGGAAAGACCACGUUCGUGGACUGUCUGGUGCGGCAGACUCAUCCGCAGCUGCGCAGCAUGGAGGAACGUAACCUUCGCUAUACGGACACGCUGUUUACCGAGCAGGAACGGGGCGUUAGCAUCAAAGCGACUCCGAUGACGCUUGUACUGCAGGAUGUGAAGGGGAAGAGCUUCCUGUUGAACACGUUCGAUACGCCGGGACACGUAAACUUUUCCGACGAAGUAACCGCAUCCAUGCGGCUCUGCGAUGGUGUAGUAUUGUUCGUGGAUGCUGCCGAAGGCGUCAUGCUUAAUACGGAGCGACUACUGAAGCAUGCGAUACAGGAAAGGCUGUCCUUUACGCUUUGCAUCAACAAGAUCGAUCGGUUGAUCCUGGAGCUGAAGCUGCCGCCGCAGGACGCGUACUUCAAAUUGCAGCACAUUGUAGACGAAAUCAACGGAUUGCUAACGCUUCAUGGGGAUUCCACCGUGAAACCCGUUUCGCCCGUGUUGGGUAACGUAUGCUUUGCCAGCUCACUGUACGGAGUUUGCUUCACGCUAAAAUCAUUCGCCCGACUCUACGCGGACACAUACGAUGGCGUUAAUGUGGAAGAAUUUGCCAAGCGUCUGUGGGGCGAUAUGUACUUCCAACCGAAGACACGGAAAUUCACGCGCAAGCCGGCGCACACAUCCGCGCAGAGGAGUUUCGUAGAGUUUGUGCUGGAACCCCUGUACAAACUGUUUGCUCAGGUCGUCGGAGAUGUGGACACGACGCUGGUCGAUACGCUUGCCGAGCUGCAGAUACCGGUUUCGAGCGAGGAGAUGAAGUGCAACAUCCGUCCCUUACUUCGGACCGUAUGCAAUCGAUUUGUGGGCGAUUUUUGUGGAUUUGUGCAGAUGUGCGUGGAACACAUCCGAUCCCCGUUGGAAAACGCGCAGGUCAAGGUGGACCAUAUUUACACGGGGGUGCGCGAGAGUGGAAUCUAUCAGGAUAUGCUGCAGUGCGACGCAAACGCACAGUUGAUGGUGCACAGCUCGAAGAUGUACCCAACGGAAGAUUGUACGUUCUUCCAAGUGUUGGCGCGCGUCAUGAGUGGAACACUGCACGCUGGGCAGGAGGUGCGAGUGCUCGGCGAGAAUUAUACGCUGCAAGAUGAGGAAGAUAGUCGCGUGCUGCAGGUCGGUCGGCUUUGGAUCUAUGAGGCUCGGUACAAAAUCGAGCUGAACCGUGUCCCGGCGGGUAAUUGGGUGCUGAUCGAAGGUAUCGAUCAGUGUAUCGUGAAGACGGCCACCAUUACCGAUGUGCAGAUGACGGAGGAUGUGUUCAUUUUCCGACCGCUCAAGUUUAACACACAGAGUGUCAUUAAAAUUGCGGUGGAGCCGGUAAAUCCGUCGGAAUUGCCCAAAAUGUUGGACGGUUUGCGAAAGCUUAACAAAUCCUACCCAUUGCUGUCGACACGCGUGGAAGAGUCCGGCGAGCACGUUAUUCUUGGCACUGGUGAGCUGUAUCUUGAUUGUGUGAUGCACGAUCUGCGCAAGAUGUACUCCGAGAUCGACAUUAAGGUAGCGGAUCCAGUGGUAGCAUUCUGCGAGAGUGUGGUCGAAACGAGUUCGCUUAAAUGUUUCGCCGAAACUCCCAACAAGAAGAACAAGAUAACGAUGAUUGCGGAACCGCUAGAGAAAGGACUCGCCGAAGACAUCGAGAAUGAGACGGUAUCGAUCGGUUGGAACAAAAAAAAGUUGGGCGAAUUCUUCCAGGUUAACUAUCAGUGGGAUUUGCUGGCCGCUCGAUCGAUCUGGGCAUUCGGGCCUGACUCCACCGGACCGAACAUUCUCGUGGACGAUACGCUUCCGUUCGAGGUGGACAAAACGUUGCUAGGCACGGUGAAGGAUUCGAUCGUGCAAGGAUUCCAGUGGGGUACCCGCGAAGGUCCACUUUGUGAGGAACCAAUUCGAAACGUCAAGUUCAAGAUCUUGGAUGCGGUCAUUGCCCCCGAACCACUGCACCGCGGUGGUGGACAAAUCAUUCCAACCGCAAGGCGAGUCGCGUACUCCGCUUUCCUGAUGGCAACACCACGCCUGAUGGAACCUUAUCUGUUCGUGGAAGUGCAAGCACCAGCCGAUUGCGUUUCAUCCGUGUACACCGUACUGGCAAGGCGCCGUGGUCACGUUACACAAGACGCACCGGUACCGGGAUCACCGCUGUACAUUAUCAAAGCCUUCCUGCCGGCGAUCGAUUCGUUCGGGUUCGAGACGGAUCUGCGCACGCACACGCAAGGCCAAGCGUUCUGUCUGUCCGUGUUUCACCACUGGCAGAUUGUGCCGGGCGAUCCGCUGGACAAGAGCAUUAUCAUUCGACCGUUGGAACCACAGCCGGCCACACAUUUGGCGCGUGAGUUCAUGAUGAAGACGCGCCGUCGGAAAGGUCUGUCGGAGGAUGUGUCGAUCAACAAAUUCUUCGACGACCCCAUGCUGCUCGAGUUGGCACGCCAGGAUGUGCUGUUGAACUAUCCCAUUUAA